AUGAACGGGAUUCAGCUUGCGGUGCUGGGUUUGAAUGAGACCUGGCAGGGCCUAGGCGGUCGUGUGAGAUACUAUCGAGAGUACCUAAGGACACUGCCAAAAGACCGAAUUGUGAUUGUAACAGAUGCUGAUGACGUCUUGCUGCUGCCAAACAGGCAGCUAUGCGGACCAGAUUUGCUAAUAAAAGCGUUUCUGUCUCUUAACGCUCCUAUCGUCUUCGGAGCUGAGAUGUUCGCCUAUCCAACGGGUGACGUCAUCCCCUUCUACCCUCAGAAGCUGAGAUCUCCCUUUCCAAAUCGGCACGUCAACGCAGGGUCAUAUGUUGGGUACGCGUGGGCUCUCGGCGAAAUGAUGGAUGCGACGUAUACGACUGACUGUAUGGAGGAUCAGCGGCAAUUUGUGGCUGCGUAUUUGGCCCAGCCGUUCCUAUUCAACUCCCUCCCACGGACGCCGUACCCAGACCCAGUAACAGACAGCCAGGGAGGUAGCAAGCCAACCAACAAAGACUUGGUUACUAAAUAUGAUUCUUCUUUAACCCCAUCUGCUGCUCCUGCACCAGGCAUGCUGCGAUAUUUCUGCUCUCUUCCUGGACCGGUGCAGGCCCUGAUUCCUCAAAACGUCACCCCAGCAGUAUUAGAAGAAGCCAGGCAGGCAGCGCCGCCGCCGUUUAUCAAGCUGGACCACUACAAUGCUCUGAUAGAGCUGCUGGGCGGGCGGAGGUCGGAACAAUAUGAGGUGCAAGGGACUGGUGUGGAGAUCAAGGUGUAUUCGAAGGUGACCAAGGCGUACCCAUGCGUUUUCCACCAGUCGGGGGAUAAGACGGCGAGCGGGGUGGUGUAUGAGAUAGUGGGGAAUGGGACCCUGGAUGCUAUCGCAUUUGAAGGGAUGGAUUUACAGUAG